GUCGAUAUUCGUUGUGAUGGACGCUGAAUGAAAAAUGGCUCUUUCGUCAACAUUCCGUUGAUGCCGAUUCAAACCUUCGGAUCCAAACUAGAAUCGUUAAAACAACAAGUGUUAGAAGACUCCUAGCUUUUCAGCAGGAGGAGCUCUGUUAGUUACCCGUGGGAGAGUGGACUGAUCCAUCGCCAUGGCACCCAUCAACUGGGAGACCAUCAUGGAGGUGGAGAGUACGGAGAUGACUGACGAGAUGGCUGAUGAACUCUUUGAAAUGUUAGCCGAGGUUGACCAGGCUGAUGCUAAGGAUGAUGAGCAAUGGCAGCAGCUGUUUGAUGUGACUAGGGCCAUCAUGCUGAUGAAGUCUGCCCAAGCUAACGUUGCCCUCGAGGAGCUUGAGCAGCUAGCCACUGAACAGGGCAAGGAAGGUGUCAUGAAUGAACAAGGAUUAAUCGACCAGAUCAGAGAGCUGGAGGAGGAAAAUAAGAGAUUAGAGCGCAUGGGAGGAGCCGGGGGAUCCAGAGACACCCGUCAGCUCCAGAAUGAGGUCCAUGAACUCAGCAGGCAGGGGGAUCUGCUCCAGAGGGAGCUCAAGGAGAAAGAGAGGGAUCUUUACAAGGAGAAGUCUGAAGCAGAGAGGCUACACACAAGACUAGAGGAAACCGAAAAGGAAAGCAGAGAUAUGAAAAGAGAGAUUGAUGCGCUUCGUAACGAUCUGCGUGAUUACCAGAAACAGAUGGAAUCGCAGCGUGAGAGCCUGAGGACGCGCCGCGGUGACGAUGUGGAGUACUCGGAUAAGAUUCGGCAGAAGAACCGGGAGAUCAACUCCCAGCUUGAAGAAAUCAAGAAUCUGACCGAUCACAGUGAGCUCCUGACCGUGACAAUAAAGGACAUGGAGCAGAAACUGAAAGAAGCGGCUAAGGAGAUGGACAGCAUUGCCGAGGACUACGUCAAGAUUAAGAAACUCUCCGGACAGUCCGACUCCAAAGCUACCCGCCUUAAGCAGGAGAAUGAUGUGCUCAAAGAACAGAUCAAAGAGUUAUCUGACAAGCUUCAGAAUCAGCUUCAAGGUGAUGAUGAUGUCAUGACUGAACUGAAUAACAAGGUGGAGGUCUGGAAGGCUGCACUGGAAGCGAAAGAUGCGGAGAUCGACCGUCUGAAUCUCAUCAUACAUCAACAGAAGGAUCAGAUCACCGCCAGUGAGAUUGAUACAGAUAAGACUUCGGUCGUAUCCCUCGCAAAGGCUUUGCAACAGAAAGAGGCCCAAUUAACUGCUCUCAGACAUCAACUUGAGGAGUCGGCGAGGGAGAUGGACGAGAGGGCUGAGGAGCUGGAGAUGUUGAAGAAUGAUGCAUCCAGCGGAGCAGCUCCCACUGUGCGUCUUCAGAACAUGGUGACCAAGCUGCGAGAGACCCUGAGAGAGCAAGAGAAAGAGAUGAAAGCGGCCGAGGGGAGGGUCCAGCAAGCCGAGACCGAUGCGAGAAAAAAAGAUAAAGAACUAAAUGAAGCUAUCAACAGAAUGAAGGAUUAUGAAGAGGGCGAGUAUGGAUUGGCUGAAGCUGUACAGGAGAUUAAACUUGGAAAGAAACAAAUAGCACUACGAGACAGAAAUAUUGAGCAGCUGACACAGAAUGUGAAUAAAGCCGAGAUCCAGCUGAACGAACUCCUGGAAGAGAAUGAAGAAUUGAGAAGCAGGCUGGGAUUCGAUCCUAAGCAACCCAUCGAUAUGGAGCAGGCUCGUCUUUAUAGAGGGCAGCAACACCAACAAGACAGGGCGCUGAAUCAGGUUUUGGCCAAAGAGGUGGAGAGACUGGAAGAAGAGAGGGUUACUCUUAAGAAGCAGAUCAGAGCCUUAGCAACGCAAAGAGCACAGAGGGGUGUUGCUCUAGGUCUCACAUCUGAUGAGAUGUUGGCUGUCGAUGACUUUGCCGAGGAGCUGAAGAAUAGCCGCAAGCCGGGCAGUGCUCCUUCAAAGGCUGCUGAAGCCCUCAAAGACAAAGGCCUGGGACCUUCAGAUUCAGUCAGAGUUAGGACCCACCAGCUAGAGCAGGAGGUGGCCCGGUCAGAGCAGUCCAUGGAGAGGCUACGCACCCAGCUCACCGAGAUGAAAGCGGAGAACAAGAAGCUCACCAACGACAAUCAACGGGUGGAGAAGAGCAUGAAGGAGAUUCUCCAGGCCCUGAAGGAGGGGCAGGCAGGAGGCGGAGGAGGAGGUGGUGGAGGGGUGGAUCCAGAGGUCUUGGGGCCGACCCUUGAGAGGCUGUGCUUGCUGUUUGAAUCUAAAGAUUCUAAGGAGUCUUACGAAGCUCAGGUUUACCUGAAAGCACAAGUUGAUCAGCUGACUGGAAGAAAUGAAGAACUGAGAAGAGAGCUGAGGCAGGCGAGGAAUGAAGCAGAGAAGACCAGUGUGGCACUGGAUAGAGCAGAGACUAAGAUCACAAGGCUACAGCAGGACUUGAAGGACCUGCGCGACCUAGGUCAAGGAGCAGGGGUCAUGACCCUUCACCAGAUGGCCCUACCGCAGGGUCUAGCUGUGUCCAGUGCGGAGAUCAUUGCCUCUCUUAAUGAACAGCUUGUACAUUCACUUCAGGAAUUGUCUGUAAGAGAAGACCAGCUGGGGAAGUGUGAGACGGCCCUCCAGACGUACAGAAGACGCUUUGCUGUGCUUCGGCAUCAACAAGGGUUACUCUAUCAAGAAUACCAACAGAAGGUUGAUGGUUGGCAGCAGCAAGAGAAGGCUUGGCGAGAGGAGAAACAGAAGCUAACGGAUGCCGCAGACGGCCAUGAAGCGAGACACCAAGAAUUCAAUCGUUUGUUGGAAUCCUUGGAGGUGAAUGGUGACGAGCAGCAGAGAAGACUUGGUGAGGCAACAAGAAAGGUAACCGUACUGAGGGUGAACGAGAAAGCUCUGACAAGGCGCUUCACGGCCUGCCAGGAGGGGGAGGCCACUCUCAGGAAGGAAGUUAACAAGCUUCGUAAUGAGAUGGUGCAGAUGGAGAGCGCUAUCACAGAGAGGAUGGGAUAUCUACAACGACACAAGGAAGCAUCACAGUUCAAAGUGGCAGCCUUACAGAGAGCGUUAGAUGACAGUGUACCUGCAGCAGAGCUAGCCUCCGCUAACAGGCAGUACAAUGAAUUAGCCGCCAAAUACAGAGACUUACUACAGACAGACAACCAGCUGGUGACUAGAAACACUCGCAUUGACCAGCUGGAGAGUGAGAAUCAAAGACUGGAAGAUGACCUUGACAGCCUGAAGAGAGAACUGACCAUGGAGAAAGAGAAACUACAUACACUGGAACAAGCCAUGCAGGACUAUGGCAACUUACAAGAGGCUCUUGGCAAGAAAGGGGGGAGUGUCUACCCCGGCAGCGAGACGCUCUCAUUGGCUAAGAGGCUGACUACCAUGGAGAUGAAGGAGUUGAACGAGCGACAGAGGGCGGAGCAUGCAGUCCGGAUGCAGACUCAGAUGAGGAACAGUCUUCAUACGAUGGAGAUGAGAAAUACAGAGCUGGAGCAGAAGUUUGCUGAUCUGACGAGGCUGAACCUUGAGUUACAGCGCAGCGAGCAGGAGCUCCGGGAUGAACUCUCGCAGUGCGUUACCAAGGCAGCGAGUGAUGUUGACAAGAGAAACAUCACCGAGCUUGAAAGAUCAGCAGCUGCACUUAGAAAUGAGAAUGAUAAGCUUAAGGAAAUGGUUGACGUAGCCUCGUUCCAGACCAAGGCCCUCGAAGCCCAGCAGGUAUCUAGAGACAAGGAGGUCCAAUCGCUACGGCAACAGCUCCUAGACAUACAGACCCAGAGCGAUGAGAAGGCCAUUAUAGGGAAGCUUCACCAUCACAUUGUAGCCCUUCAGGUGAGCGAAGGUACAGCUGUCAGGAAGCUAGAAGCUGCUACCAUGAAGAACAGACAGCUCGAAGCCAAGGUCUUAAGAUUAGAGAAACAGCUGGAUGAGAAGGCACAGAGUCUUUAUCACUGUCAGGUCGACUCGAGAAACAAAGCAAGGCAUCUAAGAGGAACUGUUCAGGGACUGAGGAGACAGUUCAGUGGAGCAGUUCCUCUGGAAGAGCAGGAGAAGUUCUCUAAAGCUAUGAUUCAACUCAGGCUCGACAAAGAGAGAAUGGAAAAAGAAAUGAAAGUUCUGAAGCAUGAGAGGGAGAAGGUCUCCGAGCAGUUCGCUGAUCUGGAGCUUAAGCACUCUGGGCUACAGGAACUGAUGCAGACACUGAAGGACAGCAGGGGAGCAGCGAAAGUUGCAGAGUGGCACGCCAAAAUGCAAGAGACCAGACUUCAAGAUAUGAAACUCAACAGACAGAUAACCAGGCUUCAGCAACAGGUGAAGUAUUUUGAUAACAUGGUGACGACCCACGAGCAGACGGUGAUGAGCCUAGAGCAGGAGAACGUUCACAUCAACAGACAGGCGGAGGAGAGACAGUUGCUAUGGGAACAGAGAGAGGCGGAGCUUGAGAGGAUGAUUGACAACUUAGAGAGGCAGCAGAGAGAGAUUGCUGAUGCAGCAGUCAAGUUUGAGGAGGUGACAGGGUCUCUACCAGACCCUAGUCUACCGGUAGCCAAUCAGCUCGAGUACUCCAUCAGGACAAUCAAGACCCAUGUUAAGACUAUCCUGGACUCCAGGGCGGAGAUCAAGACACUACAUAAGAAAUUAUUAGAGAAGGAGAAGAGUCUUGCAGAGACCGAGAGGAACCUUCUGGCUAGAGACCGUGUUAUCAACGAGCUUCGUAUGAGAUUACCUGCGUCGUCUGACAGAGACGAGGUCAUCAAGGACGCCAUGUCUGAAGGGGUUCGCUUCAAGGAGAUGCAUGAGACGUGUGAACACAAACAGGCCCUCAGAGUAGCGCAGACUCAGAUAGAAGGCUUACAGAAUCGUAUACAACAGAAGGAGGAAGCGUUGCAGAAGUACAUUGACCUCUUAGAACAAUCAAGAAAGGAAUCGGCUGAUGAGAGCGCACAGUAUAUGACAGAGAUACAUGAUUUACAGCUCAAGCUUCAUGCUCAGAAUGAUCUAGCAUUUAACAAGUUCAAGAAAGCAGCAAUGGACCUAGCGAACAAGCCUGCCCCACCGGUCCCAGGUAGCAAGGAGUUUGCCCGCCUGCAGGAGUUAGAAGACUUGGUAGCCCAGCAGGACAAUGCUCUGGCUGCUAUGUCGGUCAAACUCAAGGCUGCUCAUACAGAGGUCGCUAAGUGGAAAGAUGUACUGAACAGGAAGACUAAAGACUUUCAGAGAAAAACAGAAAAACUCACAGCAGUGCACAAUGGCCAGGUCACAAAGCUACAAUCUGAGAUCUCCAACCAUCUCCAGACAAUCAAAGAGAAGGAGGCGGAGAUUGAACGCUUAGAGAUGGAGAUUGACCAACAGAGGGCAGCAAACUCUAAGGCGCCUACGACCACCAUGAAAAACAUGGUGGAUAGACUGAAGAAUGAGCUCUCUCUCAAAGAGAAACAACAUAAGUCACUAAGCCAGGCAUUGUUACAGCUACGAGCUGACAUGGUCGACACCGCGCAGCAGAACGCCAAGUCUCAGGCCUCUGACCAGGAGCAACAGAUCAAUGUCCAGAAGCUGAUUGAGAAGGAAACCAAGAAAUUAAAAGAUGUCCUAGAAGAGACUCAGGGGAGACUAGACCAUGCUAGGAGAGAUGUAAAAAAGUUCAAAGGUCAAGUGUCAAAUAUGACAAAAGAUCUGGAGGAGGUCAAAGAGGAGUUAGAAAAGAAGACGAAGAGAGUGAACAAGAUGGAGUCAGAGAGAGAUGAUCUAGGCCGAGAAGUAGAAGUCUUGAAGCUUCAAACAACUCAACAGGAACCAGAGAGAGAUGUAGGAGAUAUUGAUGAGGUAUCAGCGUUGAAGAGAAAGAUACGUCAUCUGGAAGCUCAUCUUAUCAGCAGCAAGAAGACCACAGAAACGGGCAGUAAGAAAGAACAGUCUGCAGUAGAGGUGGCUAAAUGGGAAGAGAGCAAGAGAUGGGAGAAGAAAGUAGAAUCUCUGAAAGCCAAAAUCAGAGAGAAAGAUAAAGAGAUCGAACAACUGCAGAAAAACAACAAGAUGAUGAAGGAGGCCCUCAAUAGGAGUGAGAGGCAGAAAACAAGCGUCCGUGGUGAAACCUUCAAGAGACCAUCAUCAGAUGAACCCUCAUCAGCUACGCUGGCUGAUAUCGAGGAUCUGAGAAGGAAGAACCAUCAAUUGGAAGAAGAGAUCUCAUCCCUCCAGAGACAGCAGGCCCUGGGCCAUGGGUCAGUAGUCCAAGACCUGCAGCAAAAGAACCAGUUCCUGAACGACAAGCUAGAGAACCUUCAGAGGAGACUUGAUGUGUCUGAAAGAGAAAGAAUCACUGCGACAGAUGAAGUUAGAACAUCAGCCAGCGCUCCUGCCUUCCGAUCAGCCUCGAGGGAGACGGAGCUCCAGCGUCAGCUCCUGGAGGUGUCGCAGGAGAACCUGGAGCUGAGGUUUGAAGCGGAGCAGGCCAAGAGGGAUGGCCCUCGCCUCAAGCAGAGGGUAGAGGACCUGGAGAGGUACAACGAGGCUCUGAAGUCUGAUCUGGAGAAGGAGAGAAAGAAGAGCAGAGCAGCGGCGAGUAAACUGGCCGGUACAUCAAGUGGUGGAACUACAAAGAAGGGUACAAGUGGGAAGUCCGUCCCGGAGCUGGAGAGAACUAUAGGCCUGAUGAAGAAGGUCGUUGAGAGGGUUCAACAGGAGAAUGAACAGCUGAAGAAAGCUCCUGGUGUCACCACUCAGACUGAGAUACAUGCACUCAAGGACCAGAAUAAAGCAUUGAAGGAGGAGCUAACGAAGAUGAAACACCAGAUCGGAGGUCAGCUCUCGACCCGAUACGAGAGCACCCAGAAGGGUGUUGUUAAGGCCAUGGCAGAGAACGAGAGACUGAGGCAGCAGCUUCAAAGGGAGGUCGACUCGGGUCAAAGGUUAAGGGUCAAUCUUGCGGAGAUCACCACGGAUAAGAACAGGUUGCAAAGACAACUGGACGAGAUUCAAGAGAAGCUAGCCAUAGAGCAGGCCAGAGGACCCAAGCUGGAAGGAACGGACAGUAAGAGUUGGAAGUCUAUCACUGUCACCAGGAUGUAUGAAGAUAAGAUGAGGGGUAUGGAGAAAGACAUGCAGAAAAAGAAUGGUGUGAUUGGAGACAUGAAGCAGCUCCUGAAGGACUCUGCCCAGAGGGAGCAGAUGAUGAUCAAAAAUAUAGGAGAGCUCAAAGAAAAGUUAAACAUCUUAGAGAGAUUCCCAGUGGGUGAAAGUGGGAUAGAAGGAGACACGUUUCAACAGCUCCAACAGACAAGAUUGACUAAUCACAGGCUUGAGAACGAGAAGGCGGAGCUUCUCAAUGAACUGAAACUAUUCCGAUUAAAGGGAGCACCGUAUGGCGAAUCAACAACCAUGCAGGAUGAUGAGUUGGUUGAGAGGCUUCAUAACUAUAACACUGUGAUGGAGGAGAACGUGAGGAUCCGUAUGGAGCUACAGACCAUGGAGCUGGACAAGGAGAGGCUCCGCAAGGAGAACGAUAAGUUGCGGAAAGAGCUGGAGCAGUUUGACCCGUCUUUCUUCGAGGAGAUUGAAGAUCUGAAAUUCAACUACAGAGAGGUCGUACAGAGGAAUGUGCAAUAUGAAGAUGAACUGAGAAACCUAGGCCAACAGUUUGGUAUACAAGUCAAUAUACCCCCUUAGCUAGUACAGUCAAACCUGUCUAUAGCGACCGCCCAAGGGAAACACAAAAAGUGGCCUUUGUAGACAGGUGGUCUU